CUGGAGCAAACCUGUCAGCCAGCAUCCCCCAUUCACUUCCACUCCGUAGAUCAGGAAAGUGAUAGACGCUUGGCUCUCAUCAAGGAUUCCAACCAUCCUCUAUCUGCCGCUUCCACAAAACAUUCGACUAAAGGCAAGGACCACCUGAAACCCAUCACCUCAGAUCCAACAUGGCCACCAUUACCUGCACCCGCUUCACUGAGGAAUUCCAGAUGUUUGAGGAACUGGGCAAGGGAGCUUUCUCAGUGGUGCGUAGAUGCGUCAAGGUCCUCUCAGGGCAAGAGUAUGCUGCUAAGAUCAUCAACACCAAGAAGCUCUCUGCCAGGGAUCACCAGAAGCUGGACAGAGAGGCCAGGAUCUGCCGACUGCUGAAGCACUCAAACAUUGUGCGUCUUCAUGACAGCAUCUCGGAGGAGGGGCAUCACUACCUGAUCUUUGACCUAGUCACGGGCGGGGAGCUCUUUGAAGACAUUGUUGCUCGAGAGUACUACAGCGAGGCCGACGCCAGUCAUUGUAUUCAGCAGAUUCUGGAGGCAGUGCUUCAUUGUCAUCAGAUGGGAGUCGUUCACAGGGACCUCAAGCCUGAGAACCUUCUGCUUGCCUCCAAGUCCAAGGGAGCUGCAGUGAAGCUGGCAGACUUCGGCCUGGCCAUCGAGGUUGAGGGGGAACAACAAGCCUGGUUCGGCUUUGCAGGGACACCUGGCUACCUGUCUCCUGAGGUCCUGAGGAAGGACCCAUAUGGCAAAGCUGUGGACCUGUGGGCAUGCGGUGUGAUCCUGUAUAUCUUGCUGGUGGGCUACCCUCCAUUCUGGGAUGAGGACCAACACAGACUGUACCAGCAGAUCAAGGCUGGGGCCUACGAUUUCCCCUCGCCGGAGUGGGACACUGUUACACCAGAGGCCAAGGAUCUCAUUAACAAGAUGUUGACCAUCAACCCUGCCAAGCGCAUCACAGCCUCUGAGGUCCUCAAGCACCCGUGGAUCUCACACCGCUCCACUGUGGCCUCCUGCAUGCACAGACAGGAGACGGUGGAAUGCCUUAAAAAGUUCAACGCCAGAAGGAAGCUGAAGGGUGCCAUUCUCACCACCAUGUUGGCGACCCGGAACUUCUCUGGAGGUAACAAGGCCAACAAGAAGACGGAUGGUGUGAAGAAAAGGAAGUCCAGUUCCAGCGUCCAGCUGAUGGAAUCCUCUGAAAGUACCAACACCACUAUUGAGGACGAAGACACCAGAGUGAGGAAACAGGAGAUCAUCAAGGUGACAGAGCAGCUUAUAGAAGCCAUCAGCAACGGAGACUUCGAGAGCUACACGAAGAUGUGUGACCCCAGUGUGACAGCGUUUGAGCCAGAGGCUCUGGGUAACCUGGUGGAGGGCCUGGACUUCCAUCGCUUCUACUUUGAGAACUUGUGGUCUAAGAACAGCAAGCCUGUCCACACCACCAUCCUGAACCCCCACAUCCACCUGAUAGGGGAGGAAGCUGCCUGCAUCGCCUACAUCCGCAUCACCCAGUACAUCGACACCAACGGCAUGCCUCGCACCGCCCAGUCUGAGGAGACACGCAUCUGGCACCGCCGCGAUGGCAAGUGGCAGAUAGUCCACUUCCACCGCUCCGGAUCACCCUCCGCCAUCACCAAGUAAGUCAGUCUGCUGAGCUCCAGAGCGGGAGGGUUUGAGUGAGACGUCUCUCUGAGUGACACUGGUGGGGAACCAGCUGGCUGCGUGGGGACACAGAGGGACGCCCACCGACCGGCCUGAGGAACCACGAGCCCACUGCAUCUCAUCUCUUUACUUGAAAUCAGUUUACUCCUCUCAACUUCGUCACAAGCAAAUCGCAUAAAUGUCACACCAUGUCAGGCUCUCAUGUAUGUAUAUAUGCUGUGCGUUUCAGGAACAUCUCAGCCCUUGUAAUUCUGUCUCUGCUCUGACUUUCUUUUUUUCUUGUCAUAUUUCUUGGCAGAGGCACAAUUAGUACAAAUGGAUAUAUGAGUAGGAUUGAAUCUCUAAAGCAGUUGCCGUAAUCGCCACCUAGAUUUUUUUACACGUGACUUGGCCUUUUCAAUGCAGUUGCACUUACACCAUACCGUUACCCACAGCAAUGCAAUUCUCUGAACCCGGACUUGAAAGCUAUGAUGGAAACAUUAAAGAUGUACCCUGUAUCAUUGAAGCCAAAA